AGAAAACAAAAGCAAGCACACUCCGAUCGCCUCCUCCUCAGACGCCUCUAUAUUACCAAAACCCAAAAGCAGGUCAAAAACCAAAGAAAUCCCAUCCCAUCCCAUCCGCUCUCCGAGUAGAGCUUCAGCUUUAUAUCUUUGAUGCAUAUGUAAUACUAAUCUCAGAUCAUCACCAUCAUCGAUCUUUGUGGUAGCCGCAAUGCCGCCGAAACAGCAGGCGUCGAAAGCAGAUCUUGCGAAGAAGCAGAAGGUGGUGGAGGACAAGACUUUCGGGCUCAAAAACAAGAACAAGAGCAAGAAUGUCCAGAAAUACGUCCAGAGUCUCCAUCAAUCCGUCCAACCCAAACCUGAUGCUUCCAAAGCCGCCGCCAAGAAGAAGAAGGAAGAAGAGAAGGCAAGAGAGAAGGAGUUGAGCGAUUUGUUCAAGAUCGCCGUAAGUCAGCCCAAAGUCCCAGUUGGUGUUGAUCCUAAGUCCAUACUAUGCGAAUUCUUCAAAGCCGGGCAAUGUACCAAAGGUUUCAAGUGCAAGUUCUCACAUGAUUUGAAUGUCCAGAGGAAAGGCGAAAAGAUAGACAUUUACAGUGAUAAACGUGAUGAAGAAACAAUGGAGGAUUGGGAUCAAGAGACAUUAGAGAAGGUUGUGGAGUCGAAAAAGAUGGAGUAUAAUCAAAACAAACCGACUGAGAUUGUUUGCAAAUUCUUCCUGGAAGCAGUGGAGAAGAAACAAUAUGGGUGGUUUUGGGUUUGUCCAAAUGGUGGUAAAGAGUGUCAUUACAGGCAUGCUCUUCCCCCGGGAUAUGUGUUAAAAUCUCAAAUGAAGGCCUUGUUGGAGGAAGAGACUGAAAAGAUAUCCAUUGAAGAAGAGAUUGAAAAUCAGCGUGCAAAAGUGGCUACUUCAACCCCGAUUACUCCCGAAUUGUUCAUGCAAUGGAGGAAUAAAAAGAUGGAAGAAAGGGAAGCUGGCCUUGCUGUUCUGCGGGCAGAGAGGGCUAAAAAUGACCGCAUGAGUGGGCGUGAGCUGUUUCUAUCAGAUGCUAGCUUGUUUGUGGAUGAUGCUGAGGCAUAUGAAAAAUAUCAAAGGGAAGAACAAUCUGAUGUCACAGAAGACAAGGACAAGGAUGGAUCUCGUAUGGAGGGGCCGAGCACCUCAAGUGUGGUGGACGAAGAAUCUCUUGCAGACGAGGAUGAUGACGAUGAAUUGGACCUGGAUGAGUUAAACGAAUUGGAAGCAAGCUUGUCAAGAACGUCUAUCCAGAUACGUGAGCCAGGCAUAGAAGCAUCAUCUUGAGAGACUUUUGCAGCCAUUGCCAACGACGGGAGCAGAACACCAUAUUAAAACACACAUGCGCGUGAGGAUCACUGACAGCCUCUUAUUGAAAUGCUUGCUAGUUUACAAGAGGUAACAGCGACCCUUGAUUUUAAUUCCCAUGUUGAUAGUUUUGCUGAGAGGAGAUUUAGAUAUAUAAAUCUGGGUCUUUCUUAGGUUGCCGCUAUGUAUCGAAUGUGGAUAUUUAUUUAGUAAUAAAAGCCCUUUCGCCUGCUCAUACGGGGAAAGUGCGAGUUUUGGUGCCACAUUUCCCGUAAGAGAGGAGAGGGAAAAUGGACUUACGAAAUACACUGGUUGUGCUUUUCCUAUGAAAUGAAAUACUGAUCUAAAAGCAGUGACUUUCCA